AUGGGCGUCGUCUUUUCCUGCUUUGCCCAGUCGUUCAUGUGGCUCGGCGAGCUGCUCGAGAACGUCUUCCUCGCCAUCGGCGAGAUCGGCAGCAUCCUCGUGCGCGGCAUCUUCGGCCUGCUCAUCGGCCUCUGCGACGUGCUGGCGGCGCUGAGCUGCUGCUGCCGCGUGCCGUGGAGCGAGCGCCCCGACCGCACCUCCUACACCUACCACACGGCCGCCAGCAACGUCGGCGGCCGCCAGGUCUUCGCCUCGCUCACGCCGGCCGGGCGUGCCGCGCGCAAGCAGCAGAAGGCGGCGGCCAAGAAAGAGCACGAGCUGCGCAUCGAGUCUAUGCGCGCCGAGCGUGCUGCUGCUGCUCAGCAGACGAGCGAGAAGCCCGCUGCUGCCGCGACUGUCGUGGCUGCCGACGUGCCCGUCGCCGUCGAGCAGAGCGCUGGUCCCGCUGCGCCCGCGGCCCAGUCGAGCGGCUGGUUCGGCUGGCUCGGCGGCAGCCCGGCGGCCGCUGCGCCCGCGGUUGCGGCCAAGCAGUGA